GAAAUAUCCAUCCAAAUUAAUUCUAAAGGAGCAAUUCAAUUUUGAAGUUGGCAUAUUGGUGGUUAUAACUUGCUUGGAGUUUUCUAUACUUCCUGAUGUACAUGUUUUGCAAUUAGGGAAUAUGAAAAAUUUGCAACUUGUCUUGUAUUUUGCGUAUUUUAUAGGAGUUUUAGCUGUCAAUGCCUUCGAAAAUCUAUCAAAAAGAAAUACCACAGCUAUUUCAUUGAGUUCGACAUACAGUAAUUCUUUAGCAACAUUCGCAAAUGAUGGGGAUACUAUUACAAAUGAUCAUCGAGUCUGUUCACACACUGAGAUAAACAAAGAUAAAGCCUGGUUACAGCUGGAUUUUGGAAAACCAUACAGCAUAAAUACAAUUAGAAUUCAUUAUAGAAAUGAGGACAUCUGGAAGCCAUACAGAUUCAGAGAGUUUUAUAUUGAUAUGUCUGACAUACCAGCAACACAAUCGAAUACAUCAGAAAGAACCCGCUGUUACACUGACAAUACAACAUAUCCUGACGUGCCCCCAUUUCUAAUGGAGGUGCCUUGUAAACUGACAGCAAGAUACCUCAUUGUAGAGACUACCUACGACGCACCUGAAGAUGAUAAUAUAACAGGGGCUGUUCUUGAGAUCUGUGAAAUAGAAGUUUUUGGAUGCGAAGUUGGUGAAUAUGGCGCUGAUUGUAAGUCGUGCAUUGGAUGCCAAGUCUGUGAUAUAACUAGUGGUAAAUGUAGAACAUAUGCGGAACUGUGCAUGCUUUCUACUAGCAAAUAUUACAUAUUAAUAUAUUAAAUAUAUCAUACCAUUGUUGUUUCUCCUAAAUAUAUAAAAAAAAAUUCGAGAUAAACUAUUAUUGCAAUAUGAUUACAAUGUAUUUUAUUGGGUUUGACAUUUUUGAGCCAAUCAUUUAUUUCUGAUGCAUUAGUUAUUUUGUAGAAUUAAAGAUAUCCAAGUGCAUGUUACAAAAAAUUUGACGCAUUGAUGGCAGUGAAGACAACCAAGGCUAUCAAAACCUAUCUUUUAUCGAUUUUAAAAAAGAACCAUCGCCCUAUUUGCUUUCCUGAACGCAUAAGCCAUGACAAAAAGUUAUUUCUUUUAUAUUAUACAUUUUUGUCAAGACCUGUUAAUCAUACCAAUGUUUUCUCCUCUUUUUCACUUAAGGAAAACUAAAAUUUCUGUAAACAUAUAUAUUUCUUAAGUUGAAAACAGCAUUUGGAUGACUGAUUCUGUUUUGGAGAUAUUUUUAUACAACUUUCCUUGUG